CGGAACAGGAGGACCUGAAGGCGUCUUCUAUUCUUCUUCUUCUUCUCGUCUCUACAUCUGCACUAUUUUUCACACCAAAGAAACAGAAAUCAUUUAAAAGAAAGCUGCCACAAUCUGCCAAGGAGACGGAAGUAAGCUCCGCCCGAAGCCGCCCCGGUGAGGAGGACUAACGAACCCCUAGUGGAUUUAUUUCUUACAUUAGACACAUAACGAUUACUAUUAUAUCCUCCUGCUGCUCAGACAAUGUUCCUGAACGCACCUCAGCUGUUUUUAUGACGCUGUCCUGCAAACAGCUGCAGCAUUUCAAUGCAGAGUGACACAGAUCUCUGGAGCUGUGCAGAACAAUGAGCAUGGAGCACAAGUAGCCUCAUAUACAGUCAGACACACACACACACACACACACAUUAAAACACACAUUACAGGCUGCAGAAAGCUUCUCUCAGGGCGGAGGGAGGUGGAUGUUCUGCUGGAGAAACAUUGGAACAAGGGUCCCUGCUUCUGCCCCAGUCAGAGAGUCUCCAUGGAGUCUCCAUCUUCUCUGAAGCGUAGAUAUGAGGAAGUCGACGCCGGCUCUCCCUUCUCGACGCCCAAAGACUCGGAUGAAGACGUGUCGAGCAGCGACAGCGCCGACAGCUGCGACAGUCUGAACCCCCCCUGCAGCGCCCCGUUCACCCCGGCCUCCAUCCUCCGUCCGCAGCGUGUCUCGGCGGGGGGGAAGCGGGUGAGGUUCGACGCGGUGACGGUGUAUUACUUCCCGCGGCGGCAGGGCUUCACCAGCGUCCCCAGCCAGGGGGGCAGCUCUCUGGGCAUGGCCAGGCACCACUCCUCCAUCAGGAGCUUCACCCUGGGGGAGUUCUCCAGAGAGAGAGAGAGCAAACACCGCCUCACCCUGCAGCAGCACCUCCGCCUCGAGAAGCUGCAGCAGCGCAAGAUGAAGCUGACGAGGAACGGCACGGUGCAGUGCGCUCAGGCCGACCUCCUGACGCUGGAGGACGUGUCGGACGAGGACCUGGACGUGGACGGCGUGGAGGUGGACGACUGCUUCUUCCUGCAGCCGCUGCCCACCAAGCGGCGCCGCGCCCUGCUGAGAGCGUCCGGCGUCGCUCGCAUCGACGCCCGAGAGAAGGCCGAGCUGAGGAACAUCCGCCUCUCCAGGGAGGAGUGCGGCUGCGACUGCCGGCUGUACUGCGACCCGAAACACUGCGGCUGCAGCCAGGCCGGCAUCAAGUGCCAGGUCGACCGCAUGGCGUUCCCGUGCGGCUGCUCUCGGGACGGAUGUGGGAACGCCGCGGGACGCAUCGAGUUCAACCCUCUGAGGGUCCGGACCCACUACCUGCACACCGUCAUGAAGCUGGACCUGGAGAAGAGGAGGCUGCAGUACAACGACUCCUCCCCCUCUUCCUCACCCUCCUCUUCCUCCCUCACUCUCUCCCCCUCGGAGCGGGAGGAGAACGAGGAGCUGCCGGAGGAACAGGAUCUCCUGGAGGAACGGGAUCUCCUGGAGGAACGGGAUCUCCUGGAGCGGGAGAACGAGACGGCGGUUCUUCACCUGCAGAGCGCAGAAGAGCAGGAGAGGAGGGAGAGGGAGGGGGAGGAGCUGGAGGAGGGUCUCACGGGCGAGGUGGGCCUCACGGGCGAAGAGGGCCUCACGGGCGAGGUCCUCCUCCAGGGGCCCUUCCCCACAGGGACCACUGUGCUCUGUAUCACUGACAACCAGGAGGAAAGCCCCUCGCAGCUCCUCAAAGACUCCCCCUCCUCCUCCCUGCUCUACUACCAGCUCAGCCCCAUCGAGGCGGGGGCCUUUGAGCCUGGGGGGGAGGAGGGGGGGGAGAAAGAGAGGGGCUGCAGGAUGAGUGUAGGGAAGAUGCAGCACCUCCCUGAGGGGGCGCAGUGCAUGGAGGGGGGAGUAAACCCUCUCCCGCCUGAAGUUUAGCUGCACCUCCUCCGCAGAUGUUUUGCACAAAAGCGAUGAAAAAAAAAUAUUUACACGUUUAUUAUCAUCGAGUUAUUACAGGAGGCAAUAGAGAGGUGCAGGAAUGAGUUCUAAACCCGGACAUGAGUCAGCACUUCCUGUUCCCUGGUCUGGAAGUCAAUGGUUUUCAACGGUGUGUUUUUGGUUGUU